AUGUCUGCUACUGGACAAGGGACACUACGCCGUACUAGGAGCAUAAGUACAGGUAGUAAUGGUAACGAUAAUUCAACAGAUAAUAAUUUCUUGCCUAACCAACGUGUUUUUGAUAAUAACAACAACACAAAACAACACACUCCUCAACCAAACUUACUACUCGAUUCUCAUAUUUCUCAAAAUCUUCAACCUCUCGAUAUUAACGAGAUGCCUUUCACUACAACAUCACCUCCGACACCCUCAAAAAAUAAAACAGCCGAUCCUUUUUCAUUUAGAAAACAACGAAAACCUUUUAAUGGAUCUACCACUAAUCCACCAACAUCUAAAUUAGAUUUUAAAAAUAUUUUUUUCUUUUUGAUUUUUUUAUGUGCAGUUGUCUUUUUUUUGUGUAGUUUAUGUGGAAUAGGCCCUGUCGAUGAAGAAUUGCUCAUUGAAACUGACACUUCUAUUAUUAUUAAUGAUCCUAACCCUAUAGUUGGUGAUUAUCAUGGAGAAGAGGAUAAUGUUAAUUUAGUCAAGGAAAAGGAUGAAGAAAAUCCUUUAAAUAUCGACAAUAAUAUUAUAAAUAAGGAUAACAUUCUGAAUAAUGAUAAUAAUAACAAUGAUAACGAAGAUGAAAUUGUUGAAAAUGAUAACAAUAUUACAACUGAUAAAAAACCAACAGAUCAACCGAAUAAUAAUGAAAAUAUCAUUCCUACACCUAAUGAUAUUAUCGAAGAUACGAUGAAAGAAAACGAUCUUGAGUUUUCUGAUAAACCAAAAAUAAAAUUAACGCAUAAAAAAAUAACCAACAAACUUGGAAAAAAGAAAAGAACUAAAUAUAAUUCACUUUCAAAUGAACAAAAUAAGGAGUUUGCCAAAUUACGAAGGUUGCAAAAUCAUACUGACGAUAGCCUAGAUUAUUCUUGUGGAUCAUGGCAAGAAGACUAUACGAAAUUACAUAACGAAAUUAUAAAUGGAAGCGCUGCUCAAAGAUAUGCAGCAUAUGUAUGUGAUGCUAAAAUGAAUUGUGGUGGAUUGGCAGACCGUAUUCUUGGUAUGGCAUCCACGUUUUUAUUUGCAUUACUUACAGAUAGAGCGUUCCUUGCAGACUGGCAAGUUCCACUUCCACUUGAUGCAAUUUUUGAGUCUCCAAAUAUUGACUGGAGUUAUGAUUCUUUUGAUCCAAGUUAUGCUAUUAAAGAUCUUGACACAACUGAAAUAAAUAUCAUUGAUUACGAUUCACAAGAUUUAGAUUAUUAUUUUCCACAUACCAAUUGGACAACAAGAUAUCCGGACCCAUUUAUAAAAUUUUAUACAAAUCAAGGACUGAUACAACGAACCUUUGACUCAAAAUAUUAUUCGUCUAAAUUAAAGGAAAUUGGCUUAGAACCACAUACUGCAUUUGGAUGUAUAGUAGAUUAUUUAUUUAGACCAGUUCCACCAGCAUUAUCUUUCAUUACACAAUAUACAGCUUUAUUUGCACUACCGAAUAUUUUUUCUGUUGGUAUUCAUAUACGAACUGGAGAUGUUUAUGAACAAACGCUUUCAUUACAAGAUUACAGUCACUUUUUUAGUUGUGCUGAUCAGAUUACACGAACUUAUGCUCCACCAAACAAAAAGGUGAUAUAUUAUUUAGUUACAGACUCUAUUAAAUUAAGAGAAGAAGCAUACUCCAAAUUUAAUCAUGUUAUAAUUUCUGGGUUUUCAAUUGAUCCUGGGCAUGAUUAUUAUGACCAUGCAGAUGGUGUAAAUAAUGCAAUAGUAGAAAAUUGGAUUUUAAGUAAAACAGAUUAUAGGGUAAUAUCACAAAGUGAUUUUGGUAAAUUGGCAGCUUUUCAUUCAAAACAACUUCAUUCUACAGUUUCAUUAUCUACUACUGAAAGCAAUUAUAUAGAUUGUACACGUAAGGAUGCAUUUACUACUUUCAGUGAAAUGACUAAUGAAUGGUCAAUCAGUUAA